AUGGUCAAGUUUUACCAGCAGAAAUAUGCUUACGACUACUCGUGGGGAACAGUGUCCUUUGCGUUCAUGAACCGCUACCCGAACCCGUUCGCCACGCAUGUACUGACAGCCGACACGAUUGACCACCGAAUUGACGCAAAAACCGGCGAGCUCCAUAUUGUGCGGCUGCUCCGCAAAACCAACUCUGUGCCACGCUGGGCCAAGGGCAUAAUGCGCGGCAACGAGGCGUAUAUCCUGGAGGAAAUCGUGGUGGACGCCCAGGGCAACAGAAUGGUGGCCAAAACCCGCAACAUCACGCACACACGCCUGAUGAAGGUCGAGGAGAAGCAGACGCUCUGUGCCGAUCCGGCCGACAAUUCGCGCACGCUGUGCAAGAACGAGACGAGCAUCCUGUCGAACAUCGGGUAUGGCCUGAACUCAAAGAUUGAGAACUUUAGUCUCUCGCGAUUCUCGGACAAUAUCGCCAAAAGCCGCAAGGGAAUGCUGUACGUGCUCGAUCUGGCUCACCGUAAGGGACUGAUUCGGGCCCGUGUCAUCGCCGAUAAGCAGGAGCAGUGA